GCGCUGGGCGGCGCUCGGACCCCUCGGCAGCCGCAGGUGCCCGCCCCAGCCCAGCCCAGCUCAGUCCGGCGCAGCCCAGCCCAGCCCUGCGCUCGCAGCUGCCGCCGCUCCGAGGCACAAAGGUGCCUUUCCUUGCUCCUGCUCCUUGCUCCUUGCUCUGGAGUUCUUCUCUUAGCACCUGCUCCCUGGUUGAAAGCAUCGUUCCGAGCCUCAGGGGAGGAAUGAAGGAAGAAUCGAGACUAGAUAUCCAACUAAGGCUUCAGGACAUGUUUUGAGCAAAGAUGGGUGUUUCUGCCAGGAUAGUAUAACUCGAGGAUCCAGGACUAGGCAGAUUCAACCAUGGGAGCCAACACUUCGAGCAAACCGCCAGUGUUUGACGAAAAUGAAGAGGUCAACUUUGACCACUUCGAAAUUUUGCGAGCCAUUGGGAAAGGCAGUUUUGGGAAGGUCUGCAUUGUGCAGAAGAAUGAUACCAAGAAGAUGUAUGCAAUGAAGUACAUGAAUAAACAAAAGUGUGUGGAGCGCAAUGAAGUAAGAAAUGUCUUCAAGGAACUCCAGAUCAUGCAGGGUCUGGAGCACCCUUUCCUGGUGAAUUUGUGGUAUUCCUUCCAAGAUGAGGAAGACAUGUUCAUGGUGGUGGACCUCCUGUUGGGUGGAGACCUGCGUUAUCACCUGCAACAGAAUGUCCGCUUCAAGGAAGAAACAGUGAAGCUCUUCAUCUGUGAGCUGGUCAUGGCCCUGGACUACCUGCAGAGCCAGCGCAUCAUUCACAGGGAUAUGAAGCCUGACAAUAUUUUACUUGAUGAACAUGGGCAUGUGCACAUCACAGAUUUCAACAUUGCUGCCAUGCUGCCCAGGGAGAUGCAGAUUACCACCAUGGCUGGCACCAAGCCUUACAUGGCACCCGAGAUGUUCAACUCCAGAAAAGGAGCAGGCUAUUCCUUUGCUGUUGACUGGUGGUCCCUGGGAGUGACGGCAUAUGAACUACUGAGAGGCCGGAGACCAUAUCAUAUUCGCUCCAGUACUUCCAGCAAGGACAUUGUACACAUGUUUGAGACAGCUAUUGUAACUUACCCUUCCGCCUGGUCACAGGAAAUGGUGUCACUUCUUAAAAAGCUACUUGAACCUAAUCCAGACCAACGAUUUUCUCAUUUGUCUGAUGUCCAGAACUUCCCAUAUAUGAAUGAUAUAAAUUGGGAUGCAGUUUUUCAGAAGAGGCUCAUUCCAGGUUUCAUUCCUAAUAAAGGCAGGCUGAAUUGUGAUCCUACCUUUGAACUUGAGGAAAUGAUUUUGGAGUCCAAACCUCUUCACAAGAAAAAAAAGCGUCUGGCAAAGAAAGAGAAAGAGAUGAGGAAAUGCAAUUCCUCUCAGACAUGUCUUCUUCAAGAGCACCUUGACUCUGUCCAGAAGGAGUUCAUAAUUUUCAACAGAGAAAAAGUAAACAGGGACUUUAAUAAAAGACAACCAAAUCUAGCCUUGGAACAAACCAAAGACCCACAAGAUGAGAAUGGUCAGAAUAACAACCUGUAA